AGAUAUCCUGAAAAUAUGUCAGAAGCUUCAUUCUGCCAUGACUUUUUCUAUGAUUCCCUAUCAGACAUUCCGAAUGGGGAAUUUUCGAAUGAACUCUCUGCUUUUCUUACCCAGGAAGAGAUACAUAAGAGCCUCGACAUAGCUCGGGAAGCCAUUGCCAGUUCCAUGAAGGAGGAUCAGAAUGCAGCACCAGACUGCAGUUGUUGUUUCAACACCUCUUUUUCUAACAUUAACAUAGAAAAUCCUUCUUUCAGCAACACCAAACUUCAAGAGCAAGAUGCUUUACAAAGGCCUCAAGCAAGCAGUCUAACUUCAUCUGCUGCAAGUCACAUUCUCCCAAGGAAUCAGAAAGAGCAACUCACCCCACAUCAAGCAGCAAGUAAUUUGGCCUCAUUUUCCAAGAGGCAAGCAAGCACCUCACCUUUGUUAACUGCUAGUCCCAGCUUCAUUAGAAGCCUGAAACAUUCAGAGAAAGAUGGUCCAAAUAUGCCUAAGACAAACCCAAAGUCUGAAUUGGCAUUCCAGGGAGAAGUUCCUUUCAGGAACAAGCUGUGUGACAAAGCUGCCACAUUCAUAGAGGAAUUGUCAUCUAUAUUUAGGCAGGCAGCAAAGACAAGAGGUCAAAGUCCUGAUGGGGACACUUCUUCUCCAGACAGUGGAUAUCUGUCUCCUAAAAAGAAGCAACCAGAUAUAAAUACCUCUGUGAACCAAGAGUUUAACAAGGCACAUCAAGAGACUGAGCCUGAGGGAAGAUUGUUUGGAGCUCAUCUGAAUGGAGAACACUGUCGUGAUAGGGAAAGUUGUGAAACAAUCCUUUGCCACCCCUUCAUUAAAAAGGAAGAGAAUCAAUCUUCACCACCUCAAUUCACUCAGAAGCUCCGGAGCCAGGAAGUUGCUGAAGGAAACAGAGUAUUACUGGAGUGCAGAGUUGUUGGCAACCCAGUGCCUGAUGUCAGAUGGUUCUGUGAAGGAAAAGAACUCCAGAAUACCCCUGACAUUCAGAUCCAUUCUGGAAGUGAAGGACUUCAUUCACUAAUUAUAGCAGAAGCCUUUGAAGACGACACGGGACGCUAUACUUGUCUGGCUUCAAAUUCCAUCGGCUCAGAUAGUACAUCAGCUGAAAUAUUCAUUGAAGGUGCCAGUUCCACAGAUUCAGAGACUGAAAGUUUAAGUUUCAAAUCAAAAUCUGGAGCUAUGCCACAGGCCCAAAAGAAAACCACUUCUGUUUCCUUAACAAUAGGAUCUUCAACACCAAAAACAGGAGUCACUACAGCUGUAAUUCAACCUAUCUCUGUGCCCAGUCAGCAGGUUCAAAGCCCUACUUCAUACUUGCACCAUGUCGAUGGACCUAAGCCUACCUAUUCUGCACCCAUUUUUACAAAGGAUCUACAAAACUCCACGGCAUCUGAGGGACAAGUUGUGGUAUUGGAAUGCAGGGUCAGAGGAUCCCCUCCCAUUCAUGUUAAGUGGUUUCGACAGGGUGUUGAAAUACAAGAUUCUCCAGACUUCAGAAUUCUUCAGAAAAAGCCACGGUCUGCAACUGAACCUGAAGAGAUAUGCACUCUUGUAAUUGCAGAAACUUUUCCUGAAGAUUCAGGCCUUUUCACAUGCACAGCAACAAAUGAACAUGGCUCAGUAACAAGCAGUGCACAACUAAUUGUCUGUUCAGCUAACUCAGAAAGCUUUAGUCAGGAAUCACUGACAAGAGAAUCAAACAGUGAUGAUUUCCAUCAUUUCCCACCACUUCCUCUAGCUGAAAUUAGCUCUUUUGAGCUUCCUCCUAAGAAACAUACAGAGACUCACCAAGCAAACAACACUGAGCUGAAAUCUGAUAUGGCAGCCCUUCAACUACAGCUCAAUUCAGCUGAGGAAAAAACAAAUGGCGUUCACCCCAUUCAUGGAGUUAAUGGAAUGAUUAACAGCAAGCCAAAUGGUGAUAAAUCCGUCCCAACUUCAGCUGUUGUGCUUUCACCCACAAAGGAGCCACCACCUGUGCUUGCCAAACCAAAGCUAGACCCUAUAAAAAUACAGCAGCUGCAAAACCAAAUUCGUCUGGAGCAAGAAAGUGGCCAGUGGUAUCGUCACCAAAAGCAACCCGAUCAGCAUCAUCACUCUCCAUCUUCUCCUUCCUUCCCUCCUCCCCCCUCCUUCCAAGAGCUUGAGUCUAGCCAGUCUGUCACCUCUCCUGUACCAAUGAGUAUUCUUAACUCUCAUACUUCCCCAACCAUGCAGUCUUCUGGCUCCUUCAACUACGCUCGGCCUAAGCAGUUCAUUGCUGCUCAGAACAUCAGCCCUGCUUCAGGUUAUGUGACUCCAUCUUCAGGAUCAUCUACAUCCAGCCUUCCUUCUCCUAUGUCUCCAACUGCUUCUCAAAAACAGUUUGGGAGAGUGCCUGUUCCCCCUUUCUCUCAGCAGUUUGCUCCAGAAGGGGAGUACACCUGGUCUCCUUCUUCUCCAUCCCCUCCGCCCCCUCCUCCACCUGUCUUUAGUCCAACCACAACAUAUCCAGUGUGUGAUUCCUUUCCACUUCCACCUCCUCCACCCCCUCCUCUUCCUUCACUUUCUUCACCUUCCCACAGCCUGUCUCCAACUCCCAGAUUUCCUAAUUCCGGCCAGUCUCCAGCAGCUUUUCUCAGCUCCAUGCUGCCAUCCCAGCCACCACCCAUCUCUGUCAACGCAUUAGGCCUCCCAAAAGGAGUGACACCUCCGGGAUUUCCCAAGAAAACAGGCAGAACUGCUAGAAUAGCAUCAGAUGAAGAGAUCCAAGGGUCAAAAGAUGCUGUAAUUCAGGAUCUGGAAAGAAAACUUCGCUUCAAGGAAGACCUGUUGAACAACGGGCAACCGAGAUUAACAUACGAGGAGAAGAUGGCUCGUCGAUUGCUGGGAGCAGACAGUGCUGCAACAGUCUUCAGUAUACAAGAACCAGAAGAAGAAUCUGCUGUACAGGAAGCUCGCUCUGUUGGUGCUUCUGUAGUGAGUCCUGUGGAUAUUCAAAAGGAGUAUAAAGUCUCCAGCUUUGAGCAAAGAUUGAUCAGUGAAAUUGAAUACAGGCUGGAGAGAUCUCCUGUGGAAGAAUCGGACGAUGAGGUGCAACAUGGAGAUGAACCUAUUGAUAAUAGUAUGUCACCGUAUUUUGAGAUAAAGCUGAAGCAUUACAAAAUCUUUGAGGGAAUGCCAGUCACAUUUACAUGCAAAGUGGCAGGAAAUCCAAAGCCAAAGAUUUAUUGGUUUAAAGAUGGGAAGCAAAUUUCUAAACGAAGUGAUCACUACCGGAUUCAAAGAGAACCUGAUGGAACUUGCUUGCUGCAUACUGCAGCCUCCACCCUGGAUGAUGAUGGGAACUACACUAUAAUGGCUGCUAACCCACAGGGCCGAAUAAGUUGCACAGGCAGGCUGAUGGUUCAAGCUGUAAAUCAAAGAGGCCGCAGUCCUUGGUCACCUUCUGGUCAGCCUCAUAUAAGAAGACCACGAUCUCGAUCAAGGGACAGUGGUGAUGAAAAUGAACCAAUUCAGGAACGAUUCUUCCGGCCUCAUUUUCUGCAGGCUCCUGGAGACCUGACUGUUCAAGAAGGAAAGCUGUGCAGAAUGGACUGCAAGGUUAGUGGAUUACCAACUCCAGAUUUAAGCUGGCAACUCAACGGAAGACCCAUUCGCCCUGAUAGUUCCCACAAAAUGCUGGUGCGUGAGAACGGUGUGCACUCCUUGAUCAUAGAGCCCGUCACAGCCAGAGACGCUGGAAUCUACACAUGCAUUGCCAGCAAUCGGGCUGGUGAAAACACGUUCAGCCUGGAACUCAUUGUUGCAGCUAAGGAAGUACACAAAGCACCCGUGUUUAUAGAGAAGCUACAAAACACAGGUGUGACUGAGGGAUUCCCAGUGCGACUGGAGUGUCGAAUCUCGGGGGAGCCAUCUCCUCAGAUAUUCUGGAAGAAGGAGAACGAGUCACUCACAUACAACACUGACCGAGUGAGCAUGCACCAGGAUAACUAUGGUUACAUUUGCCUGCUGAUUCAGGGAGCUACAAAGGAGGAUGCUGGCUGGUACACUGUAUCAGCCAAGAAUGAGGCUGGGAUUGUGUCUUGCACUGCCAGGUUGGAUGUUUAUACUCAGUGGCAACAACCACCUCAGACAACCAAGCCAAAGAAGGUGCGGCCCUCAGCCAGUCGAUAUGCUGCACUUUGUGACCAAGGACUAGACAUCAAAGCAGCUUUCCAGCCUGAAGCAAAUCCAGUCCAUCUGACAAUGCCAUCUGGCUUGGUAGAGAGCGAUGAUCUGUAG